CUUCGUUUCAACAGUUCUACAAUUCCAAAUCUAUCGUAGUAUGUGUCUUGCUUCUGGUCAAUACAAUCCCAACGAUCCACGAAAACCUUUACAUAAAUGUGAUAUUUAUCGUCAACCAGCAGCUGGAAACUUAUUAAAGCAAAUGAUGGCUAAGGGUGCUUCACAGCCAUGGCAAGAAGUUCUGGAGGAAACUAUUGGUACAAGUCGUUUAGAUGGCGGAGCUUUGCGAGAAUACUUUUCACCAUUAGAGGAGUGGCUGCGUUUGGAAAAUCUGCGUACACAAGACUAUGUUGGCUGGAACUAUGAUGGCGACUACUGUAAACGCAGCAUUGAGACCGCAAAUUUACAAGUUUUCGGCGGUUUUUAUAAUUCUGUACCAAAAAUUCAUAAUUCACCAAUAAUUAUUUUUGUUUGUCUUAUAUUUAUUCUAAUAGCACAUUUUUAUAAUUAAAUUCGCUAAAUACAUCAUUGAUUCAUUUUAGUUUCAAUAACUUUAAUUGAUUUAUUGAAGAUAUUUAUAAAAUAUACCAAUAAUAUUAUAUGGGUU